AUGGGGCUGCUGGCCUGCCUGGCGGCCCUCUGCCUGGCUCUGACCUGGGCCGGGGGCAUGGAGCUCCAGAGAGAAGGCAGAACCCGGAACCACGGCCACAGCGUGUGCAGCACCUGGGGCGACUUCCGCUACAAGACCUUUGACGGAGACGUCUUCCGCUUCCCCGGGCUGUGUGACUACAACUUGGCCUCCGACUGCCGCGACGCCUACAAGGAGUUCGCCGUGCACCUGAAACGCAGCCCCGGCAGCAGUGGGGGCCUGUCCCAGGUCGAGUACAUCCUGCUGACCGUCAAGGAUGACGCCAUCUACCUCACCCGCCAGCUCGCCGUGCUGAACGGGGCCAUGGUCAGCACUCCGCACUACAGCCCCGGGCUGCUCAUCGAGAAGACCGACACGUACACCAAGGUCUACUCCCGCGCAGGACUCACGCUCAUGUGGAACCAGGAGGACUCGGUCAUGCUCGAGCUGGACAGUAAGUUCCGGAACCACACUUGCGGCCUCUGCGGGGACUACAAUGGCCUGCAGACCUACUCGGAGUUCCUCUCCGAGGGUGUACCCUUCAGCCCCGUCGAGUUUGGGAACAUGCAGAAGGUGAACAAGCCUGAGGUGGUGUGCGACGACCCCGAGGAGACGGUGGUCCCCGAGUCCUGCUCCGAGCACCGCGCCCAGUGUGAGCGGCUGCUGACGGCUGCGGCCUUCGCGAGCUGCCAGGGCCUGGUGCCCGUGGAGCUGUACGUGCAGGCCUGCACGCAGGACCGCUGCCAGUGCCCACAGAACGCCUCCUGCGUCUGCAGCACCAUCGCCGAGUUCUCCCGCCAGUGCUCCCACGCCGGCGGGCGGCCGGAGAACUGGAGGACAGACGCGUUCUGCCCCAAGAGCUGCCCUGGGAACAUGGUCUACCUGGAGAGCGGCUCGCCCUGCAUGGACACCUGCUCACACCUGGAGGUCAGCAACCUUUGUGAAGAGCACCACAUGGACGGCUGCUUCUGCCCAGAAGGCACUGUGUAUGAUGACAUUGCGGGUGGCGGCUGCAUCCCCGUGAGCCAGUGUGGCUGCAAGUUGCAUGGACACCUGUACACGCCUGGCCAGGAGACCACCAACAACUGCAAGCAGUGUGUCUGCAACGCUGGCCACUGGGUGUGCCAGGACCUGCAGUGCCCGGGGACCUGCAGCCUGGAGGGCGGUGCCCACAUCUCCACCUUCGACGGGAGGAAGUACACCUUCCACGGGGACUGCUACUACGUGCUGACCAAGACCCAGAAUGACUCCUACGCCCUCCUGAGCGAGCUGGCCCCCUGCGGCUCCACGGACAAGCAGACCUGCCUGAAGACCGUGGUGCUGCUGGCCGACAGCAAGAAGAACGUGGUGACGUUUAGGUCAGAUGGCAGCGUCCUGCUGAAUGAGCUGAAGGUGAAUCUGCCCCAUGUGACGGCGAGUUUCUCCAUUUUUCAACCGACCUCCUACCACCUCAUCGUGACCACCACCUUCGGCCUCAAGCUGCAGAUCCAGCUGGUGCCGGUCAUGCAACUCUUCCUGACACUGGACCAGGCAGCCCAGGGCCGCGUGCAGGGCCUCUGCGGGAACUUCAACGGCCUGGAAGGGGACGACUUCAAGACGGCCGGGGGGCUGGUGGAGGCCACGGGCGCCGGCUUUGCCAACACCUGGAAGGUCCAGGCGAGCUGCCAGGACAAGCAGGACUGGCUGGACGACCCCUGCUCCCUCAACAUCGAGAGCGCCAACUACGCCGAGCACUGGUGCUCCCUGCUGAAGAAGACCGAGACCCCGUUCGAGAGGUGCCACUCCGCCGUGGACCCAGCGGAGUAUUACAAGAGGUGCAAGUAUGACACUUGCAACUGCCAGAACACGGAGGACUGCAUGUGCGCCGCCCUGUCCUCGUACGCCCGCGCCUGCGCCACCAAGGGCGUCAUGCUGUGGGGCUGGCGGGAGCGUGUCUGCAACAAGGGCCUGGACUCCUGCCCCAAGUCACAGGUCUUCCUGUACAACCUGACCACCUGCCAGCAGACCUGCCGCUCGCUGUCUGAGUCCGACACCCACUGCCUGCAGGGCUUCGCGCCCGUGGACGGCUGCGGCUGCCCUGACCACAUGUUCCUGGACGAGAAGGGCCGCUGCGUGCCCCUGGCCAAGUGCUCCUGCUACUACCGCGGCCUCUACCUGGAGGCGGGGGAGGUGGUCCUGAGGCAGGAGGAGCGAUGCGUCUGCCGGAACGGGAGGCUGAGCUGCAUACAGGUCAAGCUGAUCGGCCAGGCCUGCAAGGCCCCGAAGAUCCACAUCGACUGCAACAACGUGACGGCGCUGGCCAUCCGGAACCCCAGGCCUGUCAGCUGCCAGACGCUGGCUGCCGGCUACUACCAGACAGAGUGCAUCAGUGGCUGCGUGUGCCCCGAGGGGCUGAUUGACGACGGCCGGGGUGGCUGCGUGGUGGAGGAGGCGUGCCCGUGUGUGCACAACAAUGACCUGUACUCACCCGGGGACAAGAUCACGGUGGACUGCAACACCUGCACCUGCCAGAAAGGGCGCUGGGCGUGCACCCAAUUGGUGUGCCACGGCACCUGUACCAUCUACGGGAGCGGCCACUACAUCACCUUCGAUGGGAAGUACUAUGACUUCGAUGGACACUGCUCCUACGUGGCCCUGCAGGACUAUUGCGGCCAGAACACCUCCCUGGGUUCCUUCAGCAUCCUCACCGAGAAUGUGCCCUGUGGUACCACGGGGGUCACCUGCUCCAAGGCCAUCAAGAUCUUCAUUGGGAGGACAGUGCUGAAGCUGGAGGACAGACACUGCAUGGUGAUCCAGCGUGAUGUGGGCGACCAUGUGGCCUACAUCAUGCGGGAUGUGGGCCAGUACCUGGUGGUGGAGGCCAGCAUCGGGGUCAUCGUCAUCUGGGACAGGAAGACCACCAUCUUCAUCAAGCUGACCCCCUCCUACAAGGGCACGGUGUGUGGCCUGUGUGGGAACUUCGACCAGCAGUCCAACAACGACUUCACCACGCGGGACAGCAUGGUGGUGGACAGCGAGCUGGACUUCGGGAACAGUUGGAAGGAGGCCUCCACCUGUCCGGACGUGACGACCACCCCGGAGCCUUGCGCCGUGAACCUGCACCGCCGCUCCUGGUCGGAGAAGCAGUGCAGCAUCAUCAAAAGCCGGGUUUUCCAGCUCUGCCACAGCAAGGUGGACCCCAUGCCCUUCUACGAGGCCUGCGUCCAAGACUCGUGCUCCUGUGACACUGGCGGGGACUGUGAGUGCUUCUGCUCCGCCGUGGCCUCUUACGCCCAGCAGUGCACCAAGGAGGGCGCCUGCGUGUACUGGAGGACACCCGACCUGUGCCCCAUAUUCUGCGACUACUACAACCCCCCGAAUGAGUGUGAGUGGCACUACGAGCCUUGCGGGAACCGCAGCUUCGAGACCUGUCGGACCGUCAACGGCAUCCACUCCAACAUCUCCAUAUCCUACCUGGAGGGCUGCUACCCCCGGUGCCCGAGGCAUAGCCCCAUCUACGACGAGGAGCUGAAGGCGUGUGUCACCAGGGACCAAUGCGGCUGCUACAUCAACAACACUCGCUACACACCAGGAACGUCCGUCCCCACAGGGCACAUCUGCCACUCUUGCAUGUGUACCGACUCCUCGACAGUUGUCUGCUGGGUUGAUGAAGGGAGGAUUGUCAACAGCACCCAGGACGGCUCCUUCUGCUACUGGGAGUUCUGUGGCCCCAACGGGACGGUGCAGCAACACUUCAACGUCUGUGUGUCCCACUCAACCCCCAUCACGACAACACCCCCCACCACCACCUCCACCACCACCAGCAUCACUCCGACCUCCAGCACAGUUGCCUGCUGCUCCUGGUCCGACUGGAUCAACAAUGACUAUCCCAGUGCUGACAGUGAUGGCGGGGACCGAGAGAGGUUUGAUGGUGUCUGCAGGGCCCCCCAGGACAUCGAGUGCAGGGCAGCUGUGGAGCCCCUGCUCAGCUGGGAGACGCUGGGCCAGAAGGCUCGGUUGACCACCACCCCCAUCACUACCACAGAGACCACCACCCCCACCACUACCACAGAGACCACCACCCCCACCACCACCACAGGGACCACCACCCCCACCACCACCACAGAGACCACCACCCCCACCACAGCCACAGGGACCACUACCCCCACCACUAUCACAACCACAGAAACCCCAACUCCAACACCCACAACCACAGUGACCCCAGGCCCUUCAUUUACCACCACCACCACAGAGACCCCAAUUCCAACACAAAGUCCUACCACCACAGAGACCCCAGCUACAACACCCUCCAUGGCUUCAACUGGGACUCCGAUGCCAACCUCUAGCACCACCUCAAGAGAGACAAGAACCACCACACCAACAAGCACGGUGACCCCAAGCCCUACCACUACUACAGCAGAGACUUCAACCCCAACACCCACCACCACAGAGACCACCACCCCCAGCACUACCACAGAGACCACCACCCCCACAACUACCACAGAGACCACCACCCCCAAGACCCCCAGCACUACCAGAGAGACCACCACCCCCAUCACUACCACAACCACAGUGACCCCAACCCCAACACCCAGCACCUCAGAGAGCACAACCCCCAUCACUAGCACAGAGACCACCACUCCCACCACUACCACAACCACAGGGACCCCAAGGCCUCCAUCUACCACCACCACCACAGAGAUCCCAACUCCAACACCCACCACCACAGUGACCCCGAGCCCACCAUCUCCCACCACCACAACCACCACCAUCUUUCCAAGCACCCCCACCACAUUGCCAUCCACAGUGACAGCCCCCGGUAUAACAGCCACGCCUACACGGGAAACCACUACCACCCCAGCCACAACCACGUCUACCACAGAAGGGACCACCACGGUGAUACCAACCUCUCCGUGUUUGCCAGAGUGCAGAUGGACUGGCUGGCUGGAUUCUGGUAAACCGAAUGAUACUAAAGCAGAGGGAGAUGUUGAAUCCCUUGAGAACAUCUGUGCGAGGGGCUGGGUAGCCAACAUCUCCUGCAGAGCGGCUGACUAUCCUAAGGUUCCCCUCCAAGAGCUUGAACAAACUGUGGUGUGUGACACCUCUGUUGGGCUUGUGUGCAAAAACCAGGACCAGAAGUCAUGGGGAGCCACCUCCACGCCUGCCUGCCUCAACUAUGAGAUUGACGUCUACUGCUGUUUUGUUCCACCUUUCUGUGUCACCACACCUUCGACCACCAGUACGGAGACCCCAGGCUCAUCAUCUACCACCCCUUCAUCAGAGACCUCAGGUCCUACCACCACAGAGACCCCAGCUACAACACCCUCCAUGUCUUCAACUGGGACUCCGAUGCCAACCUCUAGCACCACCUCAAGAGAGACAAGAACCACCACACCAACAACCACGGUGACCUCAAGCCCUACCACUACUACAGCAGAGACUUCAACCCCAACACCCACCACCACAGAGACCACCACCCCCAGCACUACCACAGAGACCACCACCCCCACAACUACCACAGAGACCACCACCCCCAGUACUGCCACAGAGACCACCACCCCCACCACUACCACAGAGACCACCACCCCCAGUACUACCACAGAGACCACCACUCCCAUCACUACCACAGAGACCCCCAGCACUACCACAGAGACCACCACCCCCAUCACUGCCACAGAGACCACCACCCGCAGAACUACCACAGAGAUCACUACCCCCACCACUACCACAGAGACCACCACCCCCACCACUACCACAGAGACCCCCAGCACUACCACAGAGACCACCACCCCCAGCACUAUCACAGAGACCACCACCCCCAGCACUACCACAGAGACCACCACCCCCACCACUGCCACAGAGACCACCACCCCCAUCACUACCACAGAGACCACCACCCCCAUCACUACCACAGAGACCCCCAGCACUACCACAGAGACCACCACCCCCACCACUACCACAGAGACCACCACCCCUACCACUACCACAGAGACCAUCACCCCCACCACUACCACAGAGACCACCACCCCCACCACUACCACAGAGACCCCCAGCACUACCAGAGAGACCACCACCCCCAUCACUACCACAACCACUGUGACCCCAACUCCAACACCCAGCACCUCAGAGAGCACAACCCCCAUCACUAGCACAGAGACCACCACUCCCACCACUACCACAACCACAGGGACCCCAAGGCCUCCAUCUACCACCACCACAGAGACCCCAACUCCAACACCCAGCACCUCAGAGACCACAACUCCCACCACUACCACAACCACAGGGACCCCAAGGCCUCCAUCUACCACCACCACAGAGACCCCACCUCCAACACCCACCACCACAGAGACCACAACUCCUACCACUACCACAACCAAUGUGACCCCAACCCCAACACCCAGCACCUCAGAGAGCACAACCCCCAUCACUAGCACAGAGACCACCACUACCACAACCACAGGGACCCCAAGGCCUCCAUCUACCACCACCAGAGAGACCCCAACUCCAACACCCACCCCCUCAGAGAGCACACCUCCCAGCACUACCACAACCACAGGGACCCCAAGGCCUCUAUCUACCACCACCACCACAGAGAUCCCAACUCCAACACCCACCACCACAGUGACCCCGAGCCCACCAUCUCCCACCACGACAACCACCACCGUCUAUCCAAGCACCCCCACCACAUUGCCAUCCACAGUGACAGCCCCCGGUAUAACAGCCACGCCUACAUGGGAAACCACUACCACCCCAGCCACAACCACGUCUACCACAGAAGGGACCACCACGGUGAUACCAACCUCUCCGUGUUUGCCAGAGUGCAGAUGGACUGGCUGGCUGGAUUCUGGUAAACCGAAUGAUUCUAGAGCAGGUGGAGAUGUUGAAUCCCUUGAGAACAUCUGUGCGAGGGGCUGGGUAGCCAAUAUCUCCUGCAGAGCGGCUGACUAUCCUAAGGUUCCCCUCCAAGAGCUUGAACAAACUGUGGUGUGUGACACCUCUGUUGGGCUUGUGUGCAAAAACCAGGACCAGAAGUCAUGGGGAGCCACCUCCACGCCUGCCUGCCUCAACUAUGAGAUUGACGUCUACUGCUGUUUUGUUCCACCUUUCUGUGUCACGACACCUUCGACCACCACUACAGAGACCCCAGGCUCAUCAUCUACCACCCCUUCAUCAGAGACCUCAGGUCCUACCACCACAGAGACCCCAGCUACAACACCCUCCAUGGCUUCAACUGGGACUCCGAUGCCAACUUCUAGCACCACCUCAAGAGAGACAAGAACCACCACACCAACAACCACGGUGACCUCAAGCCCUACCACUACUACAGCAGAGACUUCAACCCCAACACCCACCACCACAGAGAUCACUACUCCCACCACUACCACAGAGACCACCACCCCCACCACUACCACAGAGACCACCACCCCCACCACUGCCACAGAGACCACCACCCCCAGUACUACCACAGAGACCACCACCCCCAUCACUACCACAGAGACCACCACCCCCAUCACUACCACAGAGACCACCACCCCCAGUACUACCACAGAGACCACCACCCCCACCACUACCACAGAGACCACCACCCCCAGAACUACCACAGAGACCACCACCCCCAGCACUACCACAGAGACCACCACCCUCACCACUACCACAGAGACCACCACCCCCACCACUACCACAGAGACCACCACCCCCAGUACUACCACAGAGACCACCACCCCCACCACUACCACAGAGACCACCACCCCCAGAACUACCACAGAGACCACCACCCCCAGCACUACCACAGAGACCACCACCCUCACCACUACCACAGAGACCACCACCCCCAGCACUACCACAGAGACCACCACCCUCACCACUACCACAGAGACCACCACCCCCAGCACUACCACAGAGACCACCACCCUCACCACUACCACAGAGACCACCACCCCCACCACUGCCACAGAGACCACCACCCCCACCACUACCACAGAGACCACCACCCCCAGUGGAGAUGUUGAAUCCCUUGAGAACAUCUGUGUGAGGGGCUGGGUAGCCAACAUCUCCUGCAGAGCGGCUGACUAUCCUAAGGUUCCCCUCCAAGAGCUUGAACAAACUGUGGUGUGUGACACCUCUGUUGGGCUUGUGUGCAAAAACCAGGACCAGAAGUCAUGGGGAGCCACCUCCACGCCUGCCUGCCUCAACUAUGAGAUUGACGUCUACUGCUGUUUUGUUCCACCUUUCUGUGUCACCACACCUUCGACCACCACCAUGGAGACCCAAACCACGACGCUCACUGUGACAGUGACCCCAAGCCAGCCAUCUACCACUACCUCAACAGAGACUCCAACCACAAUUCCCACUAUCACUUCAACUGGGAUUCCAACUCCGGCCUCCACCACUACCACAACAGAGACCCCACCUCCAACACCCACCACCUCACAGACCACGACUCCCACCACUACCACCACCACAGAGACCCCAAGGCCUCCAUCUACCACCACCACCACAGAGACCCCACCUCCAACACCCACCACCACAGAGACCACAACUCCCACCACUACCACAACCACGGGGACCCCAACCCCAACACCUACUACCACAGUGAUACCAGGUCCGCCAUCUACCACCACCACAACCACAGAGACCCCAACUCCAACACCCACCCCCUCAGAGAGCACAACUCCCAGCACUACCACAACCACAGGGACCCCAAGGCCUCCAUCUACCACCACCACAACCACAGAGACCCCAACUCCAACACCCACCCCCUCAGAGAGCACAACUCCCAGCACUACCACAACCACAGGGACCCCAAGGCCUCCAUCUACCACCACCACAACCACAGGGACCCCAACUCCAACACCCACACCCUCAGAGAGCACAACUCCCACCACUACAACAACCACAGAGACCCCAGCUCCAGCACCCACCAGCACAGUGACGCCAGUCUGGCCGUCUACCACCACCACAGCUGUGGAGACCUCUAGCACACCACUGACCCUAACACUGACAGUGCCGACAGUCACUCCUGUGGGAGGCACGACCCUUCAAGGCUGGCCGACCCCGGGCCCCACCUCCUCGAAGACCACCCCCACCCCUGGAUCCACGACGGGGUCGCCUUUACCCAGCACAGGCCCUGCCUCCAGCCCCACUGCCACGCCUGCGUCAGCCACCUCCACAGGCGCUCCCACGUCAACGGGACGCCCGUCGGCCACGCCAGAGUCCACCAGCACCUGGACCUCCAGUGUGUCCACCUCCACUGUGACCCCAGCAACCUCCCCCCACAUUACCACGAGCACUGGCGGGAUCACCUCCAACUCCAUAACUUCAUGCUGCUCUUUGAAUGACACCUACUAUGCCCCAGGCGAGCUGGUGUACAACGGCACGCAUGGAGACACCUGCUACUACGUGAACUGCUCGCUGAAGUGCGAGCUUGAGUUCUUCAACUGGUCAUGCCCGUCCACAUCCUCCCCAACACCCAGCCCAUCCACAACUACCACCCAUGAAUCCAGUACACCCAACCCACUGGUCCCCGGGUGCCCGGACUUGGAUCCUCCCAGGGAGGAGAACGAGAGCUGGUGGAUAUGUAACUGCACCAAGGCCAUCUGCAAGUACAACAACACCGUGGAGCUCGUGAAGGUGAAGUGCGAGCCCCCGCCCAUGCCCACCUGCUCCAACGGCCUCACGCCCGUGCGUGUCGAGGACUCUGACAAGUGCUGCUGGCACUGGGAGUGCGACUGCUACUGCACGGGCUGGGGGGACCCGCACUACGUCACCUUCGACGGGCUCUACUACAGCUACCAGGGCAACUGCACGUAUGUGCUGGUGGAGGAGAUCAGCCCCAAGGUGGACAACUUUGGGAUCUACGUCGACAACUACCACUGUGACGUCAACGAUGAAGUGUCCUGCCCCCGCACGCUCAUCGUGCGCCACGAGACCCAGGAGGUGCUGAUCAAGACUGUGCAGAUGAUGCCCAUCAGGGUGCAGGUGCAGGUCAACAGGCAGGCCGUGGCGCUGCCCUACACCAAGUUCGGGCUGCAGGUGUAUGAGUCGGGCAUCAACUACAUGGUGGACAUACCCGAGCUGGGCGCCCUCAUCUCCUACAACGGCCUCUCCUUCUCCAUCCGGCUGCCCUACCGCCUGUUUGGCAACAACACGAAGGGCCAGUGUGGCACGUGCACCAACAACACCUUGGACGACUGUGUGCUGCCCAGUGGGGAGAGCAUUGGCAGCUGUGAGGUCGCAGCUGACUACUGGGUGGUGAACGACCCCUCCAAGCCACGCUGUCCCCACAGCAGCUUCACCACCAGGCGCCCAGCCAUCUCGCCUUCUGUGGGCACCAGCAGCUCCCCCAUGAAGAGCUGUGUGUCUCCACUCUGUGAGCUCAUCAAGGACAGCUUGUUCGCCCAGUGCCAUGCCCUGGCGCCUCCCCAGCACUACUAUGAAGCCUGCCUGUUCGACAGCUGCUACGUGCCUGGCUCGAACCUGGAGUGUGCCAGCCUGCAGACCUACGCGGCCCUAUGUGCCCAGGAGGGCAUCUGCGUGGACUGGCGGAACCAUACUGGCGGGGCCUGCCCGGUGACGUGCCCCGCCCACCGUGAGUACCGGGCCUGUGGCCCCGUGGAGGAGCCCACCUGUAAGUCUAGGUCAGUCAUGCCGAACAGCACACGCCUGGUGGAAGGCUGCUUCUGUCCCGAGGGCACCACCAGCUACGCGCCCGGCUUCGACGUCUGCGUGGACCUGUGCGGCUGCGUGGGGCCCGACAACGUGCCCAGAGAGUAUGGGGAACACUUCGAGUUCGACUGCAAGGACUGCAUUUGCCUGGAGGGCGGGAGCGGCAUCAUCUGCAAGCCCAAGACAUGCCGGCCGGAGCCCCGGCUGGAGUGUGAGGAGGACGGCACCUAUGCGUUCACGGAGGUGGACCCCACCAACACCUGCUGCAACCUCACCUCCUGCAAGUGCAACGCCAGCCUGUGCAGGGAGAAGCCCCUGCUGUGCCCACUGGGCUUCCAGGUGAAGAGCGAGAUGGUGCCCGGGAGGUGCUGCCCUCUGUACUCGUGUGUACCCAAGGGCGUGUGUGUGCUGGAGCACGCCGAGUAUCAGCCCGGCUCUCCAGUCUAUUCAUCCAAGUGCCAGAACUGCGUCUGCACCGACCGCAGGGAUGACGCCACGCAGCUCAACGUCAUCACCUGCAGCCACGUGCCCUGUAACACCACCUGCAGCCCCGGCUUUGAGCUGGUGGACGCCCCCGGGGAGUGCUGCAAGAAGUGUGAGCAGACCCACUGCAUCAUCAGCCUUCCCGGUCAGCAGAGCCUGGUCCUGAAGCCCGGAGACAUGAAGAGUGACUCCCUGAACAACUGUACCUUCUUCAGCUGCGUGAAGAUACACGACCAGCUCAUCUCCUCUGUCUCCAACAUCACCUGCCCCGACUUUGACCCCAGCACCUGCGUCCAGGGCUCCAUCACGCUCAUGCCCAACGGCUGCUGCAGGAAAUGCGUCCUUCGCAAUGAGACCAGCGUCCCCUGUGCUACCGUCCCUGUCGUGAGGGAGAUUUCACACAAUGGCUGCACCACGUUGGUCUCCAUGAAUGACUGCUCUGGGUCCUGCGGGACCUUUGCCAUGUACUCGGCCGAGGCCCAGGCCCUGGACCACAGGUGCUCCUGCUGCAAGGAGCAUCGCACCAGCCAGCGUGAGGUGACGCUGCAGUGCCCGGACGGGGGCACACUCCGCCACACCUACACCCACAUCGACAGCUGCCUGUGCCAGGACACCCUGUGUGAGCCGCCCGCCCAGCGCAGGGCCCGGCGCUCCUCGCCCCUCGGGGUGGCCCUUGGGCGGGGGUGA